AUGGAGCUGAUGCUGAUGGGCAGCGCCGGUGCGCUCAUCGCGCUUGGCCUCUUUGUCUAUACGCUCAUGCAGCCGUACGUUCGCGGCCUCUACAAGCUCCGAGGCCCGCCGUCGUCGUCGCUGCUGCUCGGCCUCGCCGCCGACCUCGGUGGCAUCGAUUGGGACCGAGGCAACUACCCGCAGCCCAUCGUCCGCUACGCUCGCGAGUACGGCAUGGUCUACUACAACCGCCUCUUUCACAUGCACCGGAUGGCCAUGAUGGACCCGGUGGGGCUCAAGCACAUCUUGGUGACCCGAAGCGACAUCUACCCUCGGUGCAACAUCACGCGCACUCUCUUCCAAAAACUGGCGCGAGGCGUCGGCUUGCUCAGCGCGGAAGGCGCUGUUCACGACCGCAUGCGCAAGCAACUGCACCCACACUUUACGCCAGUCCAGAUCAAGAGCUUUUUGCCGAUUUUCGAGCAGCACGCCAAGGCCUUUCUGGGUCAUCUACCGCCGUCGACGCCCAUCGAUCUCCUCGAGCGUUUUACGCAGCUGGCGCUGGAUGUGAUUGGCGUGACGGCGUUUGGCUUUGCAUUCAAUGCGAUCCAGGGCACGCGCAGCGACGAGAUCCGCGCCUGUGAAGACUGCAAGAUUCCCAUUUCGAUUCUGGCCAAUGUGGGCGCCGCGUACCUUCCGUACUGGGACUCUCUCCCGCUGCCUUGGGUUGCGCGCCAGCGAGCGGCCAAGGACGUCCUCCAGCAGAUCGUGACAAAGGUCAUUGACGCCAAGCUCGCGUCGCCCAAGACCCACACGGCCCGCGACCUCUUGGACCUGAUGCUGCUCUCGGAUGUCUCCGCUGCGGACGCCCGCGUCCAUGCCGCCACCUUUCUCCAGGCCGGGCACGAAACGACGAGCAACACGCUGGCGUGGGUUGUUGUCACGCUGACCGCGCACCCAGAGAUGGCCGAGCGCGUGCACUGCGAGUGUCAUGCCGUCCUCGCCCGGCACCCAACCGGUUUGACUAGCGACGCGGUUGGCGAGCUGGUGUUGUUGACCGCUUGCAUUCACGAAACGCUGCGGUUGUACCCGACCGCUCCGACGCUGUCGGACCGUAUCGCGACCCAAGACAAUGUCGUACCGCUCAUGGACGGCGACUCCUUUUUCGUGCCCAAGGGUACGCAAGUCGGCAUCGAUGUGCUGGCCAUUCAUCGCAACCCGCGAUUCUGGACGGACCCGGACGCUUUUUUGCCAGGUUGGCGAGUUCAAACGCGAAGCGGAAGGGAGAUACAGCAGUCUGUAGAUCGCUUUGUGGAGGGACACGCGCUCCAGCGCGCAGACAAGGCUUUGCGCGGCGAGCUGAGCCAGUCGUUCUUUUACCUUCCGUUUAGUACGGGGGAUAAAAACUGCAUUGGCCAGCGCUUUGCCCUCUUGGAGAUGCAAGUUGCCUUGGUCUACCUCCUCGGCACCUUCCGCGUGCACCUGACGCCGCGCGCCAAUGUUUGUCCGAAGCGCGAUCUGACCACCAUGCACCCGACGCUCUUGGAGGUGACGCUGACGGCGUUGUAAUACCUAUUCUCGUUGUUGUUUUCGCAGUUCUACGAGUUGAAGCUAGAC